AUGCCUUUCCGAGAUGUAGGCCUUCGGCAAUGCGGGCCUAGGGGCUGGAAGGCCCAAUGGCCGCGCUACCUCAGCUGCGUGGCAGCUGCCAUCACGGCAUGCGCAUUAGCUAGUCUUUCCGUAAGGCGGAGUGAGCCGGAAUCGUGGAGCUUCAGGCGAUUGCAGGUACAGGAGGAUGACAAGGAGGAGCGCUGUAAGCCAGCACGCAAGCCUGAGAUCUACGGCGCUCUCUUCAGUUUACCUCCGGUGGAAAUCAACUUUUGUGGGGAAAUCACUAUGACCGAGCUCGUGGGCACCAACUCAAAGGUCAGCAGCAUCUCGUUUCUGGCUCUAACGCAGGCUGCCGAGGUUGUUACGCUCGUGGAAGCUGGUGGCCCCAUCUACCAGCUCAAUGUACUGUCUGAUACAAGCCCCCGUGCAAAGUGGGACAUAAACCGCCCUCCAGUUAGAACCUUCGGAGGUAAUUCCUGUUUGGACUUCACCCAGUUCUGUGAAGUGGCAUCCAUAACACCGCUUCUAACUGGAUUUGUUGUGGUAGACAGGCAUCGUUUGCAAGAGUUCAAUGUGUCCUGGGGCGAGUCUGGGUCUCAAGAGGUUGUCGUCAGCACCUUGGGGAAGAUGAACAUGGAAGCGGUAGAGGGUGAUACCGAGCUCAGAUUCCCAACUUUUCUAGCUGCGUACGAGCCGUACAACUCAACGCACAUCGGCCCGGACUUCCCCAUCACUCCCUUGUUUCCUCACGCUCGGAGUCGCUACUUCUUCGUGUCUGAUACAGGAAAUCACCGCGUGAUUUUUCUGGAUGCCACAAGCCAUUCGACCUUAAAGUACGUCGAGUCGUUUGGGGUGAUGGGUGAGGCCCGCAGUGAUCGGACCGGCUUCAACUUUCCCUCCGGUAUCGCUGUCAUGGCGCCGACCGACGAGAGCUUCUUCGGACCCACGAUUGCAGCCGUUUUCGUGGCGGACCGUCGCAACAACCGCAUCGUAAAGCUGCGGCUGGCCUACAGGACGGCUCCAAGCCAUUCAAGCUACAGGGGAGAGAUGCCCAGUCUUAUCUGGGGAGGGGAGUACUUUCGAGACGUGACGGGCAUGAACUUCAACGAGAGUCUUCUGGAUCCUGUUGGCAUCUCAAUCUACAGGCAUUUCAUCUUCGUGUGCGAGGCCGAGGGCAAUGCGAUCACAAUAUUAACAACGAACUACGUGGCGCACGAGGAGCUCAUCUAUGUCACAGAGCUUUAUCCACCCCCCUCCAUCCAGCUCACCGGCAGCUUCUCCACAACGGAGCAGGGCUACCUUUGGUUUGCGUAUGUUCGGCGACCUUCGACUAACGGUCUCGGCAGCAUCUAUCUGCCGGAGCCGAUCGUAGAGUCGCCUCCAGCCUCCUGGAUUGAGGAGUUCCGUACGCAGUGCACCAAUGCCACCAUCUACAACACUGUGAUUAUGGCAAACUCCACGCUUUACGACGAGCAUGUGCUCUACGUUCUGAAUGCAGCGCGCAUCAACUGGCGCUUUCCGUACCGGCCCAACUAUCUGAGCAAGGAUUCCUUCAAUCUCAGUGUGAUGCGAGGGCCUCGCAGUGAGAACCAUUGCGGUUUCAGUGCGUGGGCUACACGGUUUGGUUCUCCGGUCCUGUGGACCGAUCCCGUGGACUGGUGA